AGUCUGAAAAAGUCGCUCUCUCAUUUUGUAGAAAUCAGUAAAUAAGUAGGGAAAGCAAGUUUCUCAUUAAAACAUGAAUAAUUAAGCAAUCCAUCGAAAUUCGCGAAACGGGAACAGAACCCGUGAAAUUCAAUCACUUUAAGCAAUUGGUGAUUAUCAAUUCCUGAAAUUACAGGAGCCCAUGAUCUUGCAAAAAUGUCCGUUCAACGCGCAUUUGCUCACAAGUUGAGCAAGCAGCACGCAGCAGACGUGCGUCGACAGAUUGCAAGUUCUACCUCGUAUUCGCGAGACCUGUCUAAGAGUGGAAGCAGUGUGUCCGGGUUUUCCUCGACGAUGUCCCUCUGCGAGGUGCUCGAGCCAUUGGACUACGAGGAUUUUUUAACACAGCACCAGACGAUCCUUGAUCGAGACCCGUUGCGUCCAAUACUGGAUUUUCCUCCUGGGGACGUCGAGCUCCGAAUGAUAACACGAAAAAUCAGAACAGAAGAACCAGUGAUUCCCUUCGAAUCCUUGGACACAGUAUCCCCGUACAUUCACCGAUGCAUCGACACAUUCACCUCAGACUGGCUAGUUAUCCAUCGUAAAUACAAGGGCCGAAUUUCCCCUAUAGCCAGAGAACGCCUGCUUCAGGACACACCCCGCCAGGACUUCGAGGUUGACCAGGAGGACACAGGAUCUGGCUCCCCAGAGGAAGAGGAUCUUUCCUGUGCAGAGACCCCUCGAGGUUCCUGGGCGAGUCUGGACCUGCGCCACUCCCAGCACGAUCCGCUCCUCCCUGGGAUCCUCGAUCGAGUCUGUCCCGAGACCGUAGACCAGGUAAACGAGCAGAAACGUUGUGAGGAUCGCCAGGAGGCAGUAUUCCCCCUGUACGCCCUUCCAACGUCCCCAGACGAUGAGUGGCAGGAAAUAGCAUCAGCUGUCGAGCCCUCGGAGCCAUUCUCCCACCGAAUCCUCGUCAAGUGUCUUCAGCUGAAGCUCGAACUCGAGGUCGAGCCUAUCUUUGCCUGUCUCGCUCUUUACGACUCCAGGGAGAGGAAGAAGGUAUCUGAAAAUUUCUAUGUCGACAUGAACUCCGACAGCUUGAAACGCAUGCUGGGAGGACACAUAGCUUACAGCGACGCCAGCACCCUGGCAAGAAGUUGCGUCCUGAGUAUCAGCAAACCGAGUCCCGAUUUAUUUUUAGUUGUGAGGCUGGAGAAAGUCCUGCAAGGAGAUAUCUCAGAGUGCGCUGAGCCUUACCUGCGAGAGGAUAAGAACAAGGAUAAAGUGAAGGCAGCAGCUCUGGCUGCCUGCGAACGCCUGGGGAGGUACAGGAUGCCCCUUGCCUGGACUGCAAUUCACCUGUCUGGAGUGAUCGGAGGAGGAGGAGAUACCGAUAGUACCGGAAGUGCUGGAUCUCUCGACAGGAAGUCAGGGGGGCUGGAGCAGUGGAGGAAAAAAAUGGAUCCACCAACAAGAAGAGGCUCCCUGGAGAGAAGAAGCUCUGACAAACGACGCAGCUGGUCUCCAGACGACUUUGCAAACUGCCUCGAUAGCUUUCGACCGAUUACUCUCACUGUCUCUAGUUUUUUCAAGCAAGAGAGCGAAAGACUGCGGGACGAGGACCUCUAUAAACUCCUGUUGGAGUUACGUAGACCUGGAUCCAAUUUAAAACGUCUCAAGUGUCUUCCAGGGAUAUUGAAGCUCGAUCUCAGUCCCCGGCCCGAUGAUCUGCCUCGAUGUCUCGAUCCAGACCUGAGGAGACUCUCACCUUAUCCCGAUGAAAAAAAUAGACCCAUCAAGGAGAUUUUGGAGUUUCCAGCAGAGAUCGUCGGUCCAGAUCUCAUGUACAGGAAUCUUCUUUAUGUUUAUCCGAAGGAAGUGAACUUUAACUCUCGAACGGGAUCCGCCAGGAACAUCGCUGUGAGAAUUCAGUUGAUGGGAGGAGAGCAGGAGUCUGACGCCCUCACAGCCAUUUUCGGGAGGUCCUCAUGUCCGGAGAUGACUCAUGAGGCCUUUACCUCAGUCUCGUACCACAAUAAAAAUCCCAGUUUCUACGACGAGGUGAAGAUCAGGCUUCCAGCGGACUUGAGUGCCAGACACCACUUGCUAUUCACUUUCUACCACAUCUCGUGUCAGAAGAAGGCAGAGCAGCCGAAUGUGGAAACACCAGUGGCAUACACCUGGCUACCACUCCUCAGGGAUGGACACCUACAGUCUGGGGAAUUCAGUCUUCCAGCGAUGCUCGAUCCACCCCCUUCCAAUUAUUCAUAUAUUGCCCCGGAUGUUCAGUUACCUGGCACCAGGUGGGUGGAUGCCCACCGAGGGGUCUUCAGUAUUAUCCUCGAGCCGAUUUCCAGUGUCCAUCCGCAGGACAAAUAUAUCGACAGGUUUUUGUCGUUGUGUGGGAGUCUGGAGACUGGACAAGUGCCACCACGAAUUGGAGAGGCUGGAAUGGAGUCUGAGCUUAAAUCAGCUCUUCUGGAGUUAUCCAGAGCUGCCAGCACUGCUCUUGUUCGUUGCUUUCCCCAGAUAUUUGAUCAAUUGAUAUCACUGCUAGUGCAUCCACCCACUCUUCCCUCUCAACCGCUUAAUGUCGCUGCCACUGUCUUCGAGGCUAUUGGCCUGCUCGUAAAAAGUAUCACGAGUAUGCCUGAUGGACAGGUCGAUGCACACGGUCGACACGCUCUUCUGGCUACAUACACAGCUUUCCAGUGUUCUAUCCCCAGGAUGUCGCAUGGACCUGCUGUUAUUCGAGCCCAGAGUAAUCCAGAUUUGCCAGUCGAGGAUCUAGAAAUGGAAAUUCAUGCUCGUGGUCUGGAUAGAACUGCUUCUAUGAGACAGGAGUCUCCUUCGAUCAAUAGUCACAUUGCCAGGAGACUUCUACACGAGGAGUUGGCCCUCCACUGGGUGGUGUCGACAGGCCAGGCAAGGGAACUAGCUGUAAUUCACUCGUGGUUCUUCCUGGAGCUUAUUGUCAGGUCCAUGGUGAUUCAUCUGGCUGAGGUUGGAGGCCUCGAGGCUCCUCGAAAGAACAGAUAUUCCCCUCAAUUUUCGGACGAUGUUGCGACCCUCACAGCAGCUCUCACUACAGAAUUGAUACAUCGUUGUGGCAAGGAUCCUCGGGUCUCCUCUAAUCUCAUCUCUAGCAUCGGAAAUUUCCUCUCCGAUCUCCUUUCCACGAUGGACCGAGGGUUUAUUCUGUCGCUGAUAAGAGCCACCUGCUGCUCCCUGACAGACGCUUCGAUGCACGUGCCGGACUCAGCGGCUUUAUUCUCCCUUAAACUCGACCUUGUGCGCACAGUGUGUUCCCACGAGCACUACGUCGCCUUGAACCUUCCCUUUGGCACUGGCUAUACAUCGGGCUCGGCUCCAGCCUCCCCCAGCCCCUCCACGGGCAGCUCAGGGAGUCUCAUAUCGACACUAGUGCCAGGGGAACGAGCGAGAUUUUCGGAGUUGAGUCAGGAAUUUCGUCAGCAACACUUCCUGGUGGGUCUCAUUCUCUCCGAUCUGGCGAACACCCUGGAGGUGCCCAAUCCCAUGCUCCAGAAUAAGGCCAUUGGCUCUGUAAGACACCUGAUGAAUCUCCACGAUGGGGACCCCAGGUACUCCGAUCCUGCAGCCAAAGCCAGAGUGGCUGCCCUCUAUCUUCCUCUGUUGAAUAUUCUCAUGGACGCUCUGCCCCAGCUCUACCACUGGGACUCCAAAGACAAGAGUGUUUAUACCGAUGAAUCGGGGUCAAUAACUCAGUCUGUCGCCCUCGCAAUUGCUGGAGGUGGAUCGGCUGAUGUUGGAGCUCAGUGUCGAGUAUCUCUGAGCUCAGAGGCCACCAGACACCUCCUCAUGUGCUUCCUCUGGGUGCUCAAGGGUUUGGAAAAAUCAGCACUGGCUCAGUGGUGUUCAGAGCUGAGUGCCAGACGAGUUCUCAGCUUUCUUCAGGUAUUGAGUAUUGCGACAGCUGCGUUUGAGUACAAAGGAAAGAAAGCACUGAAGAGACUUCCUCAGCAGGCAACAGCCACCAGUGACAUCAGGUCGAGGCUCGAGGAUGUGAUCCUCGGACAGGGAAGUGCGAGAAGUGAGAUGAUGCUGAGGAGGAAGGAAAGAAUUACAGGGGAUAAAUUACGAUGGCGGAAGGAUCAGAUGCCUUAUAGAACAAAUGAGCAGCCUGAGGGACGAGCCGUGGAGCAAGACGCUCAUAUCGAGGGAGCUCUUGCCGCUGAGGCCUCUCUCGUCGUUCUCGACAGCCUUGAGUCAGUGGUCCAAGCUGAUUGCGGUGGAGGAGCUGUUGUUGGGGCAGUUUUGAAGGUCCUUCUUCGUGCCCUAGCGAGAAAUCAAAGCACUUCUGUUCUCCAGCACAUGUUCAAUACUCAACGGGCCCUUGUCUUCAAGUAUCACAGUGCCCUCUUCGACGAGGAGAGCGAACGCUGUGGGGAUCUCUGUCUCACUCUCUUGACUCGAUGCAGUUCACCCCUCAGUGCCAUCAGGAGUCAUGCUGCUGCCAGUCUCUAUCUCCUCAUGAGACAGAACUUCGAGAUUGGAAAUAAUUUUGCUAGAGUUAAAAUGCAGGUAACCACUUCUCUGUCUGCACUAGUUGGGAGGGGGCGAGCCCCCAGUGAGGGGGCACUUCGCCGAGCCCUGAAGACAGUGCUGGUUUAUGCUGAGAGGGAUACCGAGCUUGCUGACACCAGCUUCCCAGAGCAGGUGAAGGAUCUGCUGUUUAAUCUGCACAUGAUUCUCUCGGAUACUGUUAAGAUGAAGGAGUUCCAGGAGGACCCUGAGAUGCUUCUGGAUCUGAUGUAUAGAAUUGCUAAGGGAUAUCAGGGCUCUCCAGACCUGAGGCUCACGUGGCUGGCGAAUAUGGCCCAACAGCACAUGGAAAGGAAAAAUCAUACGGAGGCUGCCAUGUGUCUGGUACACUCAGCAGCUCUUGUAGCUGAGUAUCUUCAUCUGCUGGAGCCUGGGGGUGGAGGUAGACCUGUGGGGGCAGUUGCUCUGGCUCCAGUCACACCGAAUGCCCUAGAGGAAAGCGCCGUUGGUGAUGAUGUUCUCGCCAGGAGAGAGGAGGGACUCUGUUUGGGGCCUGACUUCUCGGAGAGUGGGCUUGCUGGACUCCUGGAACAUGCAGCAUCCUCUUUUCAUGCUGCUGGUAUGUACGAAGCCAUUCCAGAUGUUUACAGGGUACUCCUACCUAUUGCUGAGUCUGCCCAUGAUUAUAAGAAACUGGCGAAUAUUCACGGGAAAUUGCAUGAGGCAUACACUAGGGUCGAUCAGCUCUCUGGGAAGAGGGUCUUUGGGACUUACUUUAGGGUAGGAUUCUAUGGGGCACGCUUCGGGGAUCUCGCUGGCGAGGAGUUUGUGUACAAGGAGCCCACCCUCACGAAACUUCCUGAGAUCUUCUCCAGGCUGGAGAACUUUUAUGCUGAGAGAUUUGGUGUGGAAAAUAUCGUGAUUAUCAAAGAUUCCAAUCCAGUGGAUAUUAGCAAGCUGGAGACGGAUAAGGCAUACGUACAGAUCACGUAUGUUGAGCCGUACUUUGAGCCACAUGAAUUGAGGCAUCGACCUGCUGUUUUCCACAGGAAUUUCAAUAUCAAGAGAUUCGUUUAUGCUACACCCUUCACUCCUGGGGGAAAGGCUCAUGGUGAGCUGAGAGAACAGUGCAAGAGAAAAACUAUUCUGACUGUUGCCACUCAUUUCCCUUAUCUGAAGACGAGGAUCAGGGUGGUGGCGAGGAAACAAAUUGUACUUAGUCCUAUUGAGGUGGCCAUUGAGGAUAUUCAGAAGAAGACUGCGGAAGUAGCUGCUGCUACUGUCCAGGAACCGCCUGAUCCUAAAAUCCUGCAGAUGGUGCUUCAAGGGUGCAUUGGGACCACUGUUAAUCAGGGCCCCGCUGAGGUCGCCGUGGUUUUCUUAUCUGGGCUCAGAGAACAGAAUGCACAGCCCUCCAAGCUUCAGCAUAAAUUGAGGCUGUGCUUCAAGGACUUUCAGAAGAGGUGUUUGGAUGCCCUCAGGAGAAAUAAGAAUCUCAUUGGGCCGGAUCAAAGGGAUUAUCAGAGAGAACUGGAGAGAAAUUAUCAGAGGCUCACUGAGAGACUCGCACCUCUCAUUGCCUGGAGUGGACCUCCUUCCAUGAUGACAGCUGCAUCCCAAGCUACAGCAUCUCCACGCUGGUAAUCCACUUCCACAGCCAUAUUCGGAAAAUUACCAAAGAAUUUUGCUAUACCCGAGAUUAUUAAAUAACUUCAUAUAAAGAAAACAUAUUAUGAAAAACUAUUGGAAAAUAGCCCUUUCGUAGGAUCACCAUUUUACUAGUUAAUGCAAUUAAUUGAUCAACCAAAUUAUAAGAAUAGCACGAAACAUUUAUUGAUCGAACACUACGAUACCAAUUUUUUCUAAGCACAUUUGCGGAGUUAAUUGACAAUUGCAACUAUAAAGAGACGCCCUGGCUAUUGCUGCGCACAAAUAUGACAAACUAUAAAUCUUUUUAUGAGUGUAACUUAUUUAUUAUUGAUUUAAUUAAGCUUCUAGAGUUACUCGAAUUUUUAUACAGCUCGUAGCUACAUCAAUAAAUUGAUGAGGAUUUUAUAAA